UUGGACGCAGUCUGUGUAGCAGAAGUUUGAACCGUUUAGAUCUGCAGAAGCUGGACAUUAUGAACAAACAAGAGGAGACAUGGGAGAAACUGGACUCAGAGUUUGACCAUCACCUGGUUGACAUGAAACCAUAUGUCCUAAAACAAAACAAGACAGAGCGCCAGCGAUGUGCCCUGUGGAUCAAGAAGCUGUGUGACCCAGGUGUAUCCGGCUCGGGCCUGAUGGGACGCAAGAACCGCAACAUGUACGCCCGCCUGCUCCUGCACAUGCUCAGAAGAGGGGUCCUGGAGGGCCCUUUCAGCCACAAGCCAGAGUCAGGCAGUCUCAAGACUCUACCAACAUAUAUGUCCAUCUACUUUGACGAGCCUCUAUGUGGCCGGGGCCUGGAGCAGAGCACCGCAGGCCUGCCUGACUGGGUAACGGGAGAGCUGGGCCAGGGUGACGACUCCUGAGACAGCCUGCUCAGAGAGAGGGCCAGCUCCUCACCCAUAGCCUACUCUAACACACACAGGUAGGUUAUUCCCCAGCAUAGACUAGAGCUUAAGCUACAUACUCAACUGCUAUGCCUGCCAGCUACAGUAGAAGUCUGCUGAAAUCAAACACACACAAGUGUCUAUCCUGGAAUAGACCACCUCACCCUCUGGGCAAAAGUGUUUGAGUCAACAUAGUUUCCUA